CUCCUGAUUGUCUCUCCACAUUUCUGUCGUGUCCAGUUUCGGUUUCGAUUUUAUCUCCCAUCCUUCUUCGGAGAAGACGAUCGCUGAAGAGAUCGGAGGGAUCGGGUUGGUGGAGGUGUAGGGUUGAAAUUAGGGUUUCGAUCAUGUCGGACGCUUACUGCUCGGACUGCAAGAAGUCUACGGAGGUGGUGUUCGAUCACUCGGCGGGUGACACCGUUUGCUCUGAGUGUGGUCUGGUUCUGGAAUCGCACUCCAUUGAUGAGACCUCUGAGUGGCGUACGUUUGCCAACGAGUCGGGGGACAACGAUCCAGUCCGUGUCGGUGGACCCACCAACCCGCUUCUCGCCGAUGGCGGUCUCUCCACCGUCAUCGCCAAGCCCAACGGUUCCUCCGGGGAUUUCUUGUCUUCUUCCCUCGGUCGGUGGCAGAACCGGGGUUCGAAUCCCGACCGCGGUCUGAUCAUCGCGUUUAAGACCAUCGCAACCAUGUCGGAUAGGUUGGGCCUUGUUGCAACCAUCAAGGACCGGGCUAAUGAGAUAUUUAAGAGGGUGGAAGAUCAAAAGUCAAGCAGAGGAAGAAAUCAGGAUGCGCUUCUGGCUGCUUGCCUCUAUAUCGCCUGUCGUCAAGAGGACAAGCCGAGGACUGUUAAGGAAAUUUGCUCUGUUGCCAAUGGAGCCUCGAAGAAGGAAAUUGGCCGGGCGAAAGAAUACAUAGUUAAAACAUUGGGGCUGGAAACGGGUCAGUCCGUGGAAAUGGGCACUAUACAUGCCGGUGACUUUAUGCGACGGUUUUGCUCCAACCUCGGUACUAAUAACCAAGCGGUUAAGGCUGCCCAAGAAGCUGUUAAAAAAUCUGAGGAGUUUGACAUAAGGAGGAGCCCUAUAUCAAUUGCGGCAGCAGUUAUUUACAUAAUAACUCAACUUUCCGAUGACAAGAAGCCGCUCAAAGAUAUCUCACUAGCUACUGGAGUGGCUGAAGGGACAAUAAGGAAUUCGUACAAGGACUUGUAUCCACAUCUGCGCAAGAUAAUACCGAGCUGGUACGCCAAGGAAGAGGACCUUAAAGGCCUUUGCAGUCCUUGAAACCGAAGGGAAAAAUAUUACGGAUCCGAUACAUUUUUAAGCACAUCUUCUCAGCUCGUUCUUUUCUCUCCCGUACGCGAAAUAGCAGAUAUCUAUUGUCUAUUGAGACAAGGAGGCUGGCUUUUACCUUUUCAAUAUUUUUUUGUAACCCUAAACACCAAAAUACUUGUAAACUGCAUAUCCAGAAGUAUUACUAUUUAUUCGACAUGAA